AACGCGACGAAAUAAUCAACGUCGAUUAAACAUUAUUUUCUAGGAAAGAAAGGGGCUCAUCAUUUUAUGUUAUAUAUUGUGAAAAGUGCUCCGAUUCAUACAACUCGUCGUGAAGUCAUUAGAAAAACCUGGGGAGCAGUUAAAGAAGUUGAUGGGUUACUUUUCAAUACUAUCUUUGUUGUCGGUCAAGUCGAUCCAAAUUCACCUUUGCAGCCUAUUUUAGAGAAAGAAAACAAAAUCAAUGGAGACAUGUUGCAAACGGGAACACCAGAAGGAUACAUAAACCUUCCAAGUAAAGUGUUCUCGGCUAUGCAGUGGUUGAUUUCAAAGUCUUCUCAAAUAUCAAGCGAUUUCUAUACAUUUACUGACGAUGAUUGCGUAAUGAACAUCGCAAAUAUAGUUGACUUUUUUGGAAAUCUUCCAUUUGAAGAUGAUGAAAACGAUUCAUCUAAACGAUUUGAUCGGUCUAAAUCAAGUCAAUCAAUAAAGGAAAUUCAAACUAUAGAGUUAUAUAAGAAAAAGAAAGUGAAUGAGGUAACGCUACCAUCUUUGGAAGCAAAAAAAUUAACAGAAAGCAUCAUAAAUGAAGUAAAAUACGAUGAUUCAAAAAGACAAUUAUCUGAUUCGUUUGAGGGAGAACAGAGAAGUAAAGAAGGAGACGAAGACGACGUAGCUGAGAAUCUCGAAAUAUAUGCAGCUAUGGAUCCAAAUGCAAAAAUUCAAAUCGAAAGAAUAGAAAAGAAUGAUGCCAAUUUUGAUAAGAAUGAAAAUUUAUACGGAGAUAUUCCUAUCAUAUCAAAUUUUAAACAAUAUACCUCAAAUUUUAUGCCGCAUAAAUAUAACCCAGCAUAUAAAAACAAUUCAUAUAAUUUAAUCCACUAUUUGGAAACAGCAUUACAAGAUAAAGAUCCUGGGAUUAUUUUUAGAAAGCAUCGCUUAGUUCCUGAUGGUCUGUACUGCGGAUUUUCAUAUGAUCCCCAAGGGAAGCCUCACCGCCGAAUGACAGAUAAAUGGGGUGUGACAAAAGAGCAAUAUUCCUAUGACGUGUACCCAUCGUUUUGUCAUGGUGGUAUGUAUACCAUGAGUGAGAAUUUGAUGACUUCAAUAUUUGCAAUCUCGACCGUAACCGAUUAUCAUUCAUAUCAUUUGGAGGAUGUUUUAAUUACUGGUAUUUUGCGAGAGAAAACUGGAGUGCCUGAUUCUAAAAUGAUUCGCAGAGGCACUGAUCCAAAAGUGAAGCCACUUAUGUAUUAUGUUUGGGAUUCUGGACCACGCGUGUUGUUGAAAAUGGCGCGUAAAUGGAAAUUUUAUAACAGGCCACCGUUUUCAAAACGUUUUGCAAUGGAAGCUCUGAGAAACGGUGAAGUUAUAUCCUGGAAUAAUUAUGGGAAAAGCUAGCAGAUAUGAAUCUACUUCAGGGUGUAAGUUAUUUCACGAAAUAUAUUCACGUAAGUGAAGCCUGCCUAAAAUGCUUCAACAGUUCACAUGUUGUAAUCGGGGAUUAUAUUUGUUUUUAUUACAGUAGGACAUACAAAACUAUGUGACUCCCUAAGAUCUAAGUGUAUAUUGCUAUUUGGGUAAUGAAUUGAUGAAAGCAUGAAAAGAACAUAAAAUAUACUUGACUUCAAUAUAUUAUUUACUUAAUUUUUUUGUAACUGUCACUGUGAUGAUAUUAUUUUGUACUUCUCUAUACUUUUUUUUAUUCAAAACUUUAGAAAAAAACAUGCAUUUGUCCGUAGUUUAAAUUUGUCCAUAUUCGAGGGCUAGAAGUUCUUUGUCUCUGAUGUGAUUCAGCACAGAAGACUUUUAUAUCCCAAAAAAUGAAAAGGAAGGUUUUAUGUGUUUGUUUCAUAUCUUGUGAUUUAUCUUGUCGUCUGAACACCAUAGCCAAUAUGUUUACAAAAUAUAUGUUGAACAGCCACCGCCGUGUCAUCCCCGUCGUUCCUUAGGCUCUGGAAUCGGUCAGAGCGAUAUCCGUAGUAGUAUACUUAUUUUUAAAAUUAGCUCAAUGGUGCCAAGAUUAUAUAUUACCGACAACUUUCGACAUGAUAUCCUCUAAUACUAUUGACUCCGCCGUUAUAUUUUAUGGUAUAAGGUUUGUCGUUAUAACCUAAGCAAAUGAAACCUAAUUUAGGGUUAUUUUCAAAUACAUAUGUCAGCUGGCUUUUGAGAGGCCUAUCCCCAAUCCCUAUCACUUUACUUAGGUUAUAGUAAACGGGGUAUGUAAUAUUGAUUCUGAAAUAUUGAAACAUUUUUGAAAAUAGUAGAUCCUCGUGUAUCCCUCACUUUUGUUUAGAGCAGUUGUUCCCAAUUUUUUUGUAGCUUGUGGUGCCCUUCAUUAGGAUUUUAGAACUCGUGGCUAUUCCAGUUCACCAUAUGAAAAAACUAUUAUGUAUUUACGACUUUAUAUCGUAUGCGAAACUGGCGCCUGGAAUUGUCUGACAGUUACACAUUACAUUUAGCACAAUCUUUGAAAUAUCAAGACAAAUUUCACCGACAAUAUAAAGAUGUUUUUAAAUUUUGUUACAAU